CCUAGUACAACCAGUAGAUCUGGAACCACACAAACUUGGCAGAGCAGCAGAGGUCGGUUCCCGCUACUUUUUCACUAACCUCUCGCCACGUGUCUCAUCUUACGCGUGUUUUAAUAUACAAAAAGUACAAAAUUACGUUCGAGGCGGCGUUUUGCUUCUUCCUUAAUCAAAAUCUUCAGACGCAACAUUUAAACGACAAGCUUCCAUUUAACCUCACUUUUUCGAUUCCUCGCGGCUCGUAAUCAAUUUGCCAGACUCCAAGAAACCUAUACAUACAUAUUUAAUUCAGAAAGAUUAAGCUAAUGGCGACUGCAACAAUGGCCACGGCAGCCGGUGCAGCUGCCCUCUUCUACUACACGUUGAACCGUAAAUUACAGUCGGGACCUUCUGCUGAAGAAGAUGAUGAUGAAAUUGAAAGUAGUCUGCCUAACCAUCCCCGGUUAGGAAUUGAACGCGUUUCAAAUAGGUUAAUUCAGGCCCCUGCAACGUGGUUGGAGACGAUUUCGACCUUGUCGGAAACACUAAGGUUUACUUAUUCUGAGACCUUAGGGAAGUGGCCUAUUGGGGAUUUGGCAUUUGGGAUCAGCUUCCUUCUAAAGAGGCAGGGUCAUUUACAUGUUGGGAGUGUCUUUGGUGGGAAAGACAGUCAGCAACUGAAGGGACCCGAAAUAAUUGCUGAACUUAGAUAUCUCUUGAAUUUGUUGACGCUUUGUUGGCAUUUUUCUAAAAAACCAUUCCCUUUGUUUCUAGAGGAGACUGGUUUUUCUGAAGCGAAUGUGCUUCUUCAGGAACCCAAAGCAGGAAUCUUGAAACCAGCUUUUACAAUUCUCGUUGAUCACAAUACUGAAUGUUUUCUCUUGCUUAUUCGGGGAACUCAUAGUAUCAAGGAUACUCUAACAGCUGCAACUGGAGCUGUGGUACCAUUCCAUCACAGUGUUGUACAUGAGGGAGGUGUUACCGAUUUAGUUUUGGGUUAUGCACAUUGUGGAAUGGUUGCAGCUGCACGGUGGAUUGCGAAACUCGCAACUCCUUGUAUUCUUAAAGCACUUGGUCAAAAUCCUGGUUACAAACUAAAGAUUGUUGGGCACUCUUUGGGUGGAGGUACAGCGGCACUUCUAACAUAUAUAUUGCGAGAGCAGAAAGAACUGUCAUCAGCUACUUGUGUGACAUUUGCUCCAGCUGCGUGUAUGACAUGGGACUUGGCAGAGUCAGGCAAUGAUUUCAUUACUUCUGUUAUCAAUGGAGCUGAUUUAGUGCCUACUUUCUCAGCUGCCUCUGUGGAUGAUUUGCGGGCUGAGGUGACAGCUUCUGCUUGGCUGAACGAUCUAAGAAAUCAGAUUGAGCAUACAAGAAUUCUUAGUACUGUCUAUCGUUCUGCUUCAGCUUUAGGUUCUCGCCUUCCAUCUAUUGCCACUGCUAGAGCAAAAGUUGCUGGGGCAGGGGCAAUUUUGCGCCCAGUUUCCAGUGGUACUCAGGUGGUUAUGAAAAGAGCCCAGAGCAUGGCUCAGGCAGCAUGGAAACGUCCUUCCCUUCGCUUGUCAUCGUGGUCUUGCAUGGGUCCUCGUCAGCGAACUACAACUGCUGUUUUAAACUCUCCGGGAUCUGCCACUGAGACAGAAACUUCUGACCGUCUUCUGACAUCCUCAAAGAGUACAACUAGAACCACAACUACCAUUGAAACUAUUGACCUUCCUGAAUCUUCAUCUGGAGGAAUAGGAUGGUCUUCAGAAAUCGAGUGUUCCUGUACUGAUGAAAUAGUUCAUGAUGGUGAAGAGAAUGGUGAUGUCUGUGAUGGAGAGGACCUGAUGGGGCAUAACAGACAUGAAGACCGCAUGACUGAAGUUGACUUGUGGCAACAGCUUGAGCAGGAGCUCUACGAUCGGACAGAAGAAGAGGAUGUUGAUGUGGCCAAUGAAAUAAGAGAAGAAGAAGCAGCAGCCAUGGCAGAAGUAAGUGAUGGCCAGCCCGAGAGUUCUGCUCCUGAAGUGAAUGAAGCGCACAGAUUUUUCCCUCCUGGGAAGAUAAUGCAUGUUGUUUUUCUUCCUUCCCAAUCCGAUGUUGCAGAGUGUGAAGCUGAUGCUAGUCCAACCUCAAGCAACAGCUCAAAUGAUUGGCAGCCUGAAGAGGAUAGGAUCGGUAUUUUUCUCACCCCGAGAUCACUUUACAGUAAACUGAGAUUGUCACAAACCAUGAUUAGUGAUCACUUCAUGCCUGUCUACAGAAGACAAAUUGAAAUGCUGAUUAAAGCACUUGAAAAGGAACAAUCUUCGGUUGGAGAGGUAGUAUUAUAGGGAGAGAAUAGUUGAACAGGUAGCUUGUACAUAAAUACCCCAAACAAAGGAUAGAAAAUGGCUUUAUUACAAUGAAGAUAGCAUAGAGGUUAGAGCCUCAGAAAAUACACAACUUGACUGAUCACAUAUCUGUGAAUGCCAUGACGAGAGGUUCAAAAGAGCCGUACACUAAUCUGCAUACAGUUUUUUAUUUUCCAAUCGGCUGUAAACGACCUGGGCAUUGAGAAAUUGAUUCUUUUUUCUCCAUUUUGAAUUAAUUAACAAGACUUUAUCUUCA